UUUUUUUUCAAAGCCCGGCAACGUAGUCGAAGCGGGACAGACUUCCAAAUGAGCGCUCCUGUCCAACAAAAAUGGAACCGUCAGAGACUGGUCGGUGUCCUUGUUUCUGUAGUCAAUUUCUGUUAUUUGUGUCUACAAAAAAGUGGAAGUUGUAGACAAUUUGCGGCGUUGAGCACGUUAAAUAAAGUAAUAGAUGCCGGUUUAGUAAAUUCUGUAUUUGGCUGGCCUCAAAUAGUAUUCCACUCCUCCCGGUUAUUAAAUCGUUCACAUGAAUUUCAAUCUCAAGAUGAUUUUGAAGCUGGUCUUUCCUUUACACCCAACAAAACAUCAGAAAAUGAAAAAUCUGAUAGACGUGAAACAGGCGAUAGUAGUUCAGCGCCCGCCUUAAUUCUUCAAAGUUUUUAUCGGAAGCAUGGAGUUAAUGUUGGAUCGCAACAUAAUAAAGUUCGGCUAAGCGAUUUACAAAAAGCCUUUUCUAGUAUGCAACCUAGUAUUGCUGGUAAUCGCUCGGUAUGCUCGCCUGCGCAUAGAUGGAGACAGUGUUACAACAUUUUACUCUUCCUCGCCAGCUUUAAAGAAUUUCGACAAAAAAUUAGUGAGCGUUCCCAGUUAAGAACACUUAUUCAACUACUCGAGCCAACUCUGGAUCCGCAACUGCUCUGUCUUUUGCUUCAGACUAUAGCACUUAUAGCCUUGAAUCCAUCAACACACCGUCAUUUUAUUGAAAUGCAGGUGGAUAAUCCGCUUAUUCAGAUGCUUCUUCCAGCCGAUGAUUGGUAUUAUACAAAUCAUAGCACUAAAUUUGGCCAUUUUGUUAAACACCAUGCCGCUCGAAUAUUAAUUUAUAUUGGUCUAGGGGAGAGAGUUGGAAAUCGAGUUUCUCUGUUCGAUGACUCCCUUUUGGCAACCUCAGUCACUCGUAGAUCCUUAACUAGCAGUCAGGGUCAAGCAGCAAACAAUUCCACCUCGGCAAAUGAGGACGACUAUAUUUGUGAAACUCUUAGACCGGCUACAAUGGCACAAGAAUUUAGCCGAACAGCAAUGUCAGUAGAAGGCAUUCUUCUAAAAAUAAUGCAAGAACUAAGCAGAAACCAGGCUUCAAAUGGCACUGGAAGCGGAGCACAGGAGCCUAUUAGCGAGGAAACACCCAGUGCUUGUGCGAGCGUGAUCGCUUCACCUACAGUCCAAGUUCGAUCUAUUGUUGUUGGUCAAAAUAGUGCAAAUUGUAUUAUUGAGGAGUGUGAAGAGAAGCCUGAUUCUCCACUUCCACCAUUAAUAAUGCCAUCACCAGCAUUUAUUGAUGAUACACCUACUAGUACACCUCCAACUUCUGUUGAGGCAAAUUUAUGUACGGCUCGGAAUAGUUCUACAUCUAACCCGUUUAUUUCAUGUAACAAAUUAUCUCUAUAUAAAUGCGCAAUUAGGGUUGCCAGAAUGUCCCGACUCGGACUGAAAGAUCGGCCCGGCUCGAUAGUUAGGCCUGAAAAAGACUCGUACCUGCUCGACCCCGACUCGAUAAAAACAAGCCCGAAAAAAAUGCCUCGACCGUCGGCCCGACUCGAAAACGGCAACCCUAUUAGCAAUAUAACACCACUUCUUGUAUAG